CAGCAGCUGAGAGUGAGAUCAAUGGCGAUACCAGAUCUUCAUAACGAUUUAGUAGAGGAGAUACUGUGUCGCGUUCCGGCGAGAAAUCUGAAACGGUUACGAGGAACUAGCAAACGAUGGAACCGUUUAUUGAAAGACGAUGGGAGACUCGCAAGAGAGCACUGCGAUAAAGCCACAAAGGAGUUUGUGUUUCUCAUGUUGAAAAGGAUUAGUCCGAUGAGCGUCUGUCUUCCCCAUGGGGAUGCUCUAGAGGUAAAAACAGUGCUUGUCCUUCCAGAUCCGCGUUUUAACAACUCACAGCGAUUCGAUGGAUUUGAAGUGGUUCACUGCGAUGGCUUAUUGUUAUGCUACCACCAUGGCACCAUCCUACGACAGGGUUCUCAAUUCGUGGUUUGGAACCCGCUCACUGGCCAAGCCAGGUGGAUCGAAUCCAAAGGCGGUGCCUUUGGAUUCGGAUACAAGAAAUCGUCGUGCCGCCGUAAGAGCUACAAAGUAUUGAGCUUUUCUGCUGGUACUAAUAAUUCGGAAAUCUACGAUUUUGACUCUGAUUCAUGGAGGCUUGUUGAUCAUGAUAUAGCUCCAGGCUUCACCCUUCCAUACUCUCGUUCUCCCAGCGUCUCUUUCAAAGGAAACAUUUACUGGAUUGCUAAACAAGUUGAGGACGAAAGCAUUCACUUGCUCAGAUUCGAUUUUUCAACAGAGAAAUCCCAACGUCUGCCUCUUCCCUGUCAGUCUCUUACUAGUUACUUAAUCGCCUUUCUAUCUUGUGUUAGAGAAGAUAAGCUUUCGACGAUAUUACAGCUCGAUAGAAAUUCCAAGACUGAGAUAUGGGUGACAGAUAAGAUUGAUGAUGAGACCACCAAAGCAAUUUCUUGGACCAAGCUCUUUGCAUUAGAUUUCGACUGUGGGCGGUGGUAUAUUCCGCAUUAUGGAAGGUUUUUGCUAGACGAGGAUAAGAAAGUUGUCGUGUGGUUAGAGCAACGGACGGACUUGGUAGACUACAGCAAGACCAUCAUCAAGAUAUCCAUUCUUGGGGAGGACAAUAACCUCAAAGUGUUUGAUUUUGGAGUAGAUACAUAUGCACCGGUAAUAUUUAGUUAUGCUCCAAGUUUUCUUCAAGUUGAGCGACCUCAAAUCAAGCGACCUGGAGGCAAAAGGAAAAGAGGUGAAUAAGCUCCAGGGGACUCUACUAGUACCACCUACCUAACUGUAAUCUCCCUUUUCUUCAGUGUUUAUUUAUUUUAAUUUAUCUUGGAGCAUCUCCACCUGCCUCAUCUCCUAAGCUGUGUUGCGAAUAUACUCUUUAUUUUUA